UCCGCAGGACAAACGUGUCUAUUCUGUGCUCUCUUUCUGACUUUCACCAUUCUCUUUGUCAAGUUCUCCAGUCGUGUUUGGUUUUCACUUCGGCAUAACUAUGACAAUCAGAACAGCCCGCCCAGACCGGGCAGAACAUUUUCGCCCGCGUAUGCAUUGCCUCAAAAAGUUGGAGGCAGUUGUGGUUGAAAUGCAGGACCCAAAAUGUGGGCUCAAGGGCUUUGAGCAGAAACUCAACGUCACCACCAUUCCACACGCCAUCGCAGGCACUGACAUAGUUUCCUGGAUUGCCAACAAGAUGAAAAUCCCUACAGAAGAAGCUCAGGUCUUCGGCAACAUGUUGGUGGCCUACGGUUACGUCUAUGGUCUGCAGAACCACAGGAAGCUGGUCAUGUGCAACGACGGCAGCCUUUAUCGCUUCCAGACGCCAUACUUCUGGCCCACACAGAAGUGGGUUGCAGAUGACAUCGACUACGCUGUUUAUCUGGCCAAGAGAAACAUCCGCAAACAAGGCUUUCUGGAGCCCUAUGAACAGGAACACUACAACCACCUUCACAAAUGGCUGAAUCCCAAGUGGGACUUUAUUGUGACGCAGGCCACGGAGCAGUACAAGGCCGGUAGAGAGAGGAAGAAGCCAGAUCGUGUGGUGUUUGAUUGCCAGGAAAGAGCUUACUGGAUAGUGAACAGACCACCGCGUCGGACUCACAGUGCUUUGGAUAGUGGACCAGACCGCCUCAUGGAUCCCAAUGCAGAUGAGACACAGAAAAUGACAUUUGACCAAUACAGACGUAUGAACUUGUUCUACCAACAAGCCAUCAUGAGGUCAAAGGUGAAAUCCAGUGUGUCCCUUGGAGCGCUGGUGAAGUACAUCACCACUUACAAGAACCAUGAUCCCUUUUUGGCGCCUUGCCAACCCAGCAACCCCUGGCUGACAGACAACGACUCUUACUGGACUCUCAAUAUGAGAAUGGUGGACGUGCCGACUAAAAUGCGUGUGGAGCGUUGGUCUUUCAGCUUGUUUGAGCUGCUGACUGAUCUUCGAGGCAGAGACGACUUCAAGAUCUUCCUCAAGAAGGAGUUCAGUGGGGAGAAUUUAGCCUUCUGGGAAGCAGCUGAGGAGCUGAAGUGGGGGAGUGCGUCGUCUAUGUCCAGCAAAGCUGAAACCAUCUUCAAGACCUUCUUGGCCCCCGGCGCCCCUCGUUGGAUCAACAUUGACGGCAGGACCAUGGGUCUGACUGUGAAAGGACUGGAACAUCCUCAUCGUUAUGUUCUGGAAGCUGCUCAGACGCACGUCUUCCUGCUCAUGAAGAAGGAUACUUUCUUCCGUUAUCUCAAGUCUCCUGUUUAUAAAGACAUCCAGAAGAAGGCCAUCAGCCCAGAAGUUCAUAAUUUCAGUCCAUCCCAGCUGGAGCAAAACGCUCGCAGUCGAAGUGCUGGAGUUCAUCCUCUGGUGCUUUGGCAGCAGGAAGAGGAGCAAAAGGCCAAAGCUGCUGCAGCUUCUGCUCCUGUUGACGUCAAAGCUAUGAUGAGCAAAAUAGACAGAAAGAAAUAACAGGACAAUAUUCCAGAUGUUACAAAAUGAAUUACACUAACAAAUACAAUCCAGUAUACAGUAUAUACACUAACCAAUACAAGCUAGUAUACAGUAUAUACAGUGACAAAUAUAAGCUAGUAUACAGUAUAUACUGUAACAAAUAGAAGAUAGUAUACGGUAUAGACAUUAACAGAUACAAGCUAGUAUACACUGACAAAUGCAAGCCAUUAUACAGUAUAUACAGUAACAAAUACAAGUUAGUAUACAGUAUAUACAAUAAAACACAAGCAGGUAUACAGUACAUACAGUCACAAAUACAAGGUAGUAUAGUAUAUACAGUAACAAAUACAAGGUAGUAUACAGUAUAUAUAUAUAUAUAUAUAUAUUGUGUAACAAAAUGCCAGAUAAUGUCUGCUAAUAGGUGCCAUUUUGGGGUCCUUGUACACACACCACAGUAAUACUGUAUGAUGAAGUACAGUACGUCUGACUAUGCUAGUCAUAAUGCUCCAACAAUCCAAGCGGUGCAACUUCUUAGCUUACCAAAGUCCCACUAAAACAUUUUGAUGGAUUGUUGAGCGCUGUGUCAUGUUCUAUAUUCUCAAAACUAAAGUUUUGGUGUUUACUGCUCUCAUCUUGCAGUCCACACCUAUCUCGUAUGUGUGACUGCCAUUUACUGGUCACACUUAUCAUUACACCUUGUAACAAAUACAGGUACAAGGCCACCUACUCAGUGGCCUAGUGGUUAGAGUGUCCGCCCUGAGAUCGGUAGGUUUUGAGUUCAAACCCCGGCCGAGUCAUACCAAAAACUAUUUAAAAAAAAGUAUAUAAAAAUGGUAUCACUCAGCAUCAAGGGUUGGAAUUGGGGGUUAAAUCACCACAAAUGAUUCCUGGGCACGGCACCGCUGCUGCCCACUGCUCUCCUCACCUCCCAGGGCGUGAUCAAGGGGAUGGGUCAAAUGCAGAGGACAAAUUUCACCACACCUAGUGUGUGUGUGACAAUCAUUGGUACUUUAACUUCCCAUCCAUCCAUUUUCUACCGCUUAUUCCCUUUUGGGGUGGUGGGGGGCGCUGGCGCCUAUCUCAGCUACAAUCGGGCGGAAGGCAGGGUACACCCUGGACAAGUCGCCAUCUUAUCGCAGGGCCAACACAGAUGGACAGACAACAUUCACACUCACAUUCACACACUAGGGCCAAUUUAGUGUUGCCAAUCAACCUAUCCCCAGGUGCAUGUCUUUGGAAGUGGGAGGAAGCCGAAGUACCCGGAGGGAACCCACGCAUUCACGAGGAGAACAUGCAAACUCCACACAGAAAGAUCCCGAGCCUGGAUUUGAACCCAGGACUGCAGGACCUUCGUAUUCUGAGGCAGACGCACUAACCCCUCUGCCACCGUGAAGCCCGGUACUUUAACUUAACCGAAUAAAAUAGCUUUCAGGUCGGUAAGCAUAACCAGAAUUAUUCCGUACAUAAGGUUCACCGGGUUAUAAGGCGCACUGUCCAUUUUUGAAAAAAAUUAAAGGAUUUUUAGUGCGCUUUAUAGUCUGAAAAAUACAACCUCCACAUUUCUUUGGACAACAGUCUAUAAUGUUAAGGAAAAUGAAAGUGGCAAAGACACUGUAUGGUUUAAAAAUAAAUUCAGCACUUAAUUUGUUGCAGUGUUUCCAUGUUAGCCGUAACUAGUGAUUUGAUGUAGUGCAUGACUUUCUUGAAGGUGCCUCCAUAAGGUCAAAAUUGCUUUUUGGACUUCUCACACAACUCUUCAGUGUACCAGAACGAGACUUGCUGUACGGGAUUUAGGUUUUUUAUUUUGGAUAAAUAGAACGAAUAAAGCGGCCCACUAAAAUCAUAUGGGAUGGUGCUGACGAUGACAUUGGCUUGAACUCUGUCUGUCAGGUUCAAACACCGAUGACAUCUAUGAGACAAGACAAGAAGCAACGGAAAUCAGACACAGGAUUUAAUUUAGCACCUGAGGAGAGCGCCUGUGUACCCUCGCACAGCGUCACCACACCGCUCUGAGGAAGGAGUUCCACGCCUCCUCUUUUAUUUUGGCCUUUUCUGAUUACAUAGCAUUCCAUUCCAAUACGCAGCUGCUCCUAAGGAGAGGUGGUCAUAAACUGCUGUUGCACUCGGUCAAAAACAGUUCAAAGAAAAGGUGCCUUGAGCUGCGUCAGGUCUGCUCCCUCUCUGCUUUGUAGAUCUCGGGUCGGGACAAGGUCUUCCUGUGGCUGUCAAUAGAUCAAAGAAACCGACACGUUCAUGUCACAUCCCAUCGCACACAGUGGAGUUUUACGAGCCUUUUGCUUGAUAACAUGAAAGACAGCUUUUGUCUUCUCGCAGGGUGAGUUGAAAUCCUGGGAACAGAAAGUUGUUUGACAACUUAUAUACAAUUAUUCUGACACUGUCCAAACAUUAUGUUUGGUGAAAAACAUCCCAUUAUUCCUCCAGGAAAUAACACACUGGGAUUUGUUAAUGUCGUUACUUCAAAUGAUAAAAAAAAUCUUCUUUUGCUUUGGGUAUGACCGUGUAGCUAAAGAAUUUGAUUGUUGACCACCACAAACUCUUCAAGAACUUAUGUCCACACAGAAACUUGAUACCAAAGCAUCAUUUUAUGGUUCAUGAUCUGUAGUCGAUUAGGAUUGUUGUGUGGAGUAUGAACUUUGAGGCCAACCAUACGUUCUGCCGGGUCAUACAGAUCCAUUAAACAAUUUCUCCUACUUAAUUUUGGCCGGUGCCAGCAGACACACCAAUAAGCUUGUUGAAAAACUCCUGAUUUGCUAUAUCUCUUACAUCUUUGUGAUAUGGUACAAGGCACAUUAAUAAACAUAUCAAGUGGAAAGGUGCCAAAAGGUUCCAUCUGCAGGUUAAUGACCUAAGAUCAGUUCAAGUGGAGAAGUGCUAAAUUGUUGCAUACAAUAAUUGUGCUGAAGGAAGAAAAUACAAGUCUCCUUUGACCUUGUCAAUUGAAUACCUGCUAUUAAUGCACAAAUAUGAAUACAUAACUUUUACAAUGGAAGUAGAAAUCCACGGAAAUGUAUUCAUUUUUCAUGCGCUUACAGUCGUGGUCAAAAGUUUAUAUACACUCGUAAAGAGCAUAAUGUCAUGGUUGUCUUGAGUUUCCAAUAAUUUCUCCAACUCUUACUUUUUAGAGUGAUUGGAGCACAAAAAAACAUUCAUGAAGUUUGGUUCUUUUAUGAAUUUAUUAUGGGUCUACUGAAAAUGUGACCAAGUCUGCUGGGUCAAAAGUAUAC